CUGUAAUAGUCUGCAGCGGGCGGCAGCUAGCGACACAGCUGCGGUAGCAUUUCUUGCCUGCCCUCUUGUCUCCUGUACAGCUACAGCGCUACUAGUUAGCCACAGGACAAUAUCCCUGCUGUAGGCUUCAAGACAUGUUCGUCUUCAAGAGUUCCACUCAUCCCAGUGAGUGAAAUUGGAACAAGUUAGUCCAUUGAUAACCUACAAACGCAGGUGGUCUAGUCACAGCUGAUGAGUGUGAUGAUGAUGAUGAUGGGAGGAGGCUACUGCAGCCGAAGGUGCAGCCCCCCACGCCAGUGCUAGUACCCGUCUCCAGUCUCCAACCCCUGGUUCCUCCGCCAGCCCUGGUCCCACUUGGCACCACCUCUGGCCCCACCAUGGCUAACCACCUGGAGCUUCUCAAUGAGCUGCAGCAGCUGGACAAGGUGCCUAGCCUGGAGCGCCUGAGGGCUGCCCAGAAGCGCCGCACACAGCAGUUGAAGAGAUGGGCCGUGUACGAGAAGGAGAUGCAGAACAAGAAACGCAAGGCGGAAAAGAGAAGGAACGCUAAUCAUGCCACCGCCAUGGAGGCUAAACGGCACGUAUCGUUUGCUGCUAGUGUGGCGCUGCUAGAGGCCUCGGCACGGAACGAUCCUGAAGAAGUACGUUACCUGUUGAAAAACAACGUCAAUCCAGACCUGUGUAACGAGGACGGUCUCACUGCUCUGCACCAGUGCUGUAUUGAUAACUAUGAGGAGAUGGUGAAGAUAAUGUUGAAUCGUGGAGCCAGUGUAAAUGCCAAAGACAAUGAACUGUGGACGCCGCUACACGCUGCUGCCACCUGUGGACAUGCAGGAUUGGUCAAGGUCCUCAUACAACAUGGAGCGGAUCUGCUGACGGUGAACUCUGACGGCAACAUGCCCUAUGACUUGUGUGAAGAUGACCCCACACUGGACAUCAUCGAGACCGCCAUGGCCAACAGAGGCAUCACCCAGGAGAUGAUCAAUGAGACCCGGGCGUCUGUAGAGAGAAGGAUGAUGGGAGAUAUCCAGGAGCUGCUGACGGAGGGAGAGGACGUCAACCACCAUGAUUCACAGGGAGCUACUCUGCUCCACAUUGCAGCAGCUAACGGUUACGUCCAGGCUGCAGAGCUUCUGCUGGAGGGAGGGGCCAGGAUGGACCUGAGAGACACUGACGGGUGGCAGCCGCUCCACGCUGCAGCCUGCUGGGGUCAGAUGCAUGUAGCAGAGCUGCUGGUUUCUCACGGUGCCAGUCUCAAUGCCAAGACCUUCCUAGAGGAGACUCCCAUUGACCUGUGUGAGGACGAGGAGUUCCGUGCCAUCCUGCUAGACCUGAAACACAAACACGACAUCAUCAUGAAGUCUCAGCUUAAACACAAGACCUCCUUGUGUAGGAGGACAUCCAGCGCAGGCAGCCGUGGGAAAGUGGUGCGGAGGGCAAGCCUGUCUGACAGACACAACCUUCGUGUGAAGGAGUACGAGACUGAGGCCAUCGUGUGGAGAGGAGGGAGGGAAGGAGGGAGGGAGGACCAGGAGAAGGAGACGGACCAGGAGAACAGCCAUCCCAUCAAUACAACUGGUACUACGGUGAAGCCAGUAGUGGAGAGACCCAAACUACAGAAGACCUUGAAAGAUGCUCCUAGCGGCAUCAUCAAACAAAAUGGCAUCGUCUCCACGACGACGUCCUCGCCCACUCCCAGUCAGCUGCCGCCAACCAAUGACGAGCCUCUAUCCCCUGACACGAGGAGCGCGUCAGCCGAUCAGCUCCCAGAGGACUCCUCCUCCUCCUUGCCCAGAGAGCGCUCUCAGACCCUGUCGGAACUGAAAAAGCAGAGGUCGGCCGCCAAGCUCCUCAAUCACCCGCUCCUCAACGGUCACCUAGGAAACGGCUCCACAGAAUCCACCGAACCCCAGAGCCCUGUGGACUCCCGUAUGCCCCUCGUCUCGUCCAAUGGAAGUACAGUAUACUACACCCCGGCAAGCGGUGACCCGCCCAUUCUCAGAUUCAAACAGCCAUUAGAUGAUGAAGAACCAAAGGAGGGCAGCUGCUGCUGUGUCUCCUAGGGAGGAGGUGGAGGCCACCCCAUGACACCGAUCUAAGGUCAGGCUUACUGUGUUUUCCUCCAAUGGAUUAAGGUUAGGGUUCGGGGAGGGAAAGCUGAUCCUAGAUCUGUGCCUAAGGGAAACUUCUUCCCGGAUAGAGCGUGUCAGAGCAGGAUGGUCUUGUGACUGUGGAGCAGGAAGCAGGAAGAGAUGGCACAGAGGGAGACCAACAGGUAGAGCAAAGGUCCUCAAAGGUCCUAGAUGGCAAUGGGAGUGGUGCUGAUCCAGCCAGGUGAUUGGUCCCUGUCCCUCCCCACUGUUUAACACUCCAGGCCAGUAUGGACCAUACCCUUACUCUGGAAAAUGACCGUCCUGAUAGGACGUGAGGAAUCCAGCCCAGAUGAAUUGGUGAGGAGCCACUGUGAUAGCUUGUGGUUGAUGCAGAGGGCCAGGAGGUGGAACAAGAUGGCCCCUAGCCCCUACGAGAAGGCAGGUCUUGUGCCCUAUAAAGGAAUAGAUGGCCCCUACGAGAAGGCAGGUCUUGUGCCCUAUAAAGGAAUAGAUGGCCCCUAGCCCCUACGAGAAGGCAGGUCUUGUGCCCUAUAAAGGAAUAGAUGGCCCCUAGCCCCUACGAGAAGGCAGGUCUUGUGCCCUAUAAAGGAAUAGAUGGCCAGGCAGUGUGCACUCCCAUGUUAACCAUAUCUGGUGUCUUACAACUUUUGACUGAAUCACUGUUUUCAAACCACAUUCCUCCUUGUAUCCACUGUUUCUGAAAGUGUAUGAGGGGGUGGGGGACGACGACAUUGCAAAGAUCCACUCCACCAUGUCAGAAUACACUCUCAGUGUUAUUACUGCAGCUGUGUUGGUCCACUGAGAGGCAAGAGGGGAAGGGUCGUCUUUCCUAAGAAGUAUUCUCGUUUAAAUGCUGACUAUUUUAGCGAAGGGAAGGAAUGUUUAAUAGCGUAACAGAACAGUAUUACUUCAACGGUCUACCAUCUAUCUGUUCCUGUGAAGGAUGACAGGAUGACAGGAUGACUGGAUGACAGGAUGACAGGAUGACUGGAUGACAGGAUGACUGGAUGACAGGAUGACAGGAUGACUGGAUGACAGGAUGACUGGAUGACUGGAUGACAGGAUGACUGGAUGACAGGAUGACAGGAUGACUGGAUGACAGGAUGACUGGAUGACUGGAUGACAGGAUGACUGGAUGACAGGAUGACUGGAUGACUGGAUGACAGGAUGACUGGAUGACUGGAUGACAGGAUGACUGGAUGACUGGAUGACUGGAUGACAGGAUGACAGGAUGACUGGAUGACAGGAUGACUGGAUGACAGGAUGACAGGAUGACUGGACGACAGAAUGACAGGAUGACAGGAUGACUGGAUGACAGGAUGACUGGAUGACAGGAUGACUGCACUAAAGACGUUUAAAACAAUGCCACGUUGAACUCUGUCUUCUCUUGCUGACCGUCCGUAUCCUAACUGACAGGGAUCAAGGUGGUAGAAAGGGGUGUGUCUUAUUUGUUGGUCAUUUAAGAAAAAAAACAAUAUAUUAUUUGAAAAUGUGUACAGUUUGUUGCUGUUUAUUUAUGAAGAUUAAUGUUAUGUAUAAAGGCUAUGGUUAUGCAGUGUAUGGAUUCUAUUGGUCUAUCUAUGGAGAGGGAAUGCAUUAGAAUGAGCUGGUACAUUUACAGUAUGUCUUGCUCCCCUGUGAUCCCAGAUCUGCUUGUACUGUCUUGUCACUGUCAUGGAGUUGGCACAAACAGAUCUGGGAUCAGGCUAGAGGCACUGCACCUUUUUAGAAUGGAAAUGUCCCUGUGGAGUUAACAAGGUUAUUGUCCAGUGAUCUGUAGCUUGUGUUUAGCCAGGCACUGUGUCGGGUUUAUCCUCAACCAUACCAGGCUAGCUUGUUUAAGGGUGGCACCAACAUACUAUUGGAAUAUAAGCAUUUCACUACACUCGCAAUAACAUCUGCUAAUCAUGUAUAUGUGACCAAUAAAAUUCGAUUUGAUAUCUUGUUUGUAUUUGACAUGGUCAGUACAACACACACAGUAGAUACGGUGUUGUCUAGGGAACUGAGGAGUGUGUACAGUGUGUUUAAAUCACCAUUGUAUUGUCACAGACACUGUAGUUUUCUCUAACACAAGUGUUCAUUAAUAUGAAAUAAAAUGCUGUAAUGUA